CGUGCUAACUGCAUCAGUGCUUGAAGAACAGCUUCUCUUUUGCAAUCCUUGCUGGUCUGACAGGCUCCUGAAGAAUUACAUCACUUCCUAAAAAACAGGCAAACACCUCUCCUUCAAGUUAGCACCGACCCAAACAAGCAGGAAACAGGAAAUGUUCAUGUUUCAGGGAGGCUGAAACCCAGCGCAGCAUCAUGUCAGAACCGAGGCGAGCUGACAUGAGGGCGCUGCACGCCGCCUUCGUCUGCGCCCUGGCGACUGCGCUCCUUCACACCGGCCAGGGUGAUGAGGAGGAGCUGGAGCAGUCUGCAGAUUUACCUGGGUGGGAGGAAAAACAGAAUGAAGUGAUUAUGCCCAGCAAUUUUUCUACAGUGCCCACAGAAACAAUAACUGCAGAUAUGAAUUCUACCCACGUGGAUGCAGAGGCAAACCAGUUAGAGUUUAUACUAAUGGUGUUGAUCCCAUUGAUUUUAUUGGCCCUCUUAUUUUUAUCAGUGGUACUCCUCGCAAUACAUUAUAAAAGAAAAAGGACUAAGCAAGAGCCUUCUAGCCAAGGAUCUCAGAGUGCUUUACAGACAUAUGAACUGGGAAGUGAAAACGCCAAGGUCCCCAUUUUUGAAGAAGACACACCCUCUGUUAUGGAAAUAGAAAUGGAAGAGCUCGAUAAAUGGAUGAACAGCAUGAAUAGAAAUCCCGACUUUGAAUGUUUACCUACUUUAAAGGAAGAAAAGGAAUCAAACCACAACCCAAGAAUCCCUUUAGCAAGUAUUUGCCAGCUGAGCUCUGCUGAUAAUUUAAAGGCAGAGUUCCAGACCAGAAAAGUUCCUCCACACAUUGGAAGAUACAAUUAUCGGCUUGUGUUUAGGACUCAUCGCUGCUAUCAUACUGUCACAGGACUGCAUAGAGCUUUGGCAAAAGCCAGUCUUCAUGGUAUACGAUUUUAACAGAUUUGUCUGUCAUAGUCUCAUCAGCACAUCCUAAAAUAUGGCAUUUGUAUUUUCAUUGCUAUUUUGCAUAUUCAUAUUCAACUUGUGGUCCACAGUGACUCAAAUAUUUAUGCCAAUAUUGUCCUUACCUGAAUUAUUGUAACUUGUCUGUUUUUCUGCCUCUAUUGGUUACUUUAAGGUUGUUUCUAGUCAAUGUUUUGGUUCUCAGAAGGGUCUCAGUUUGCUCCUUUUUGUCUCUAGGUCUCUAAGAUAUUUGCUGACCACUUAGGCCUUUACAACUUGAUCCCACCCUAUUAAAUAAUGAACUUCUGAAGCUCAGAGAAGUGUAAAGGGUUCUGGAAUCCAACUUUGAUGAAACAAUGUUUUAUAUGAUAAAAGUAUUCUCAUUCAGUAUUUAAAAUAUCAUCAAAUCCCAGAAGAAGUAAACUUCAGAAACAUGUCCUUGAGUUUCUAUCAGAGAAAUGUACUAAUCUCUGUAACAGUGUACGGGCCUCUUUUUUUUUUUUUUUUUAAACCAGGUUUAUUGAGAGAUAAUUCACACACCAUACAAUUCACCCAUUUAAAGCAUAUAAUUCAAUGACUUUUAGUAUAUUCAUGGAUUUGUGCAACCAUAACUAUGAUCAGUUCUAUGACAUUUUCAUUACACAGGACACUUUUUAAAAGAUAGUUUAUUCUGGCAAGAUACAUGAAGUUAGCCUGGGUCAAAACAGCCAAGGAUCAAUUCCAACACCCUGCAUCUUUUUAUUACUGUUCAAUCAAUAGGCCUCAUAUAUAAAUAUGAUAAUCUCAAGAAUUACUUUUGAGCCCCAACUUACUUUUUCUAUUUCAGAUUGUUGUCAGCAAAAAACCUUAUUAAUUUUCCCUAACUAGGUAGCCAAUCAGAGCAAAAUCUGACUUUAGAAUAUUUUAAAGAUAUACAAGUUUCAUUGCAUUUUUGUACAUUUUAAGCAAGCUAGGCUAACAACAUUGCCUAGUAGAACUUCUCAGGAAACUUGUUUUAAUGAAUAAAAAUAAUCAGUUUGUUACUCUUAACCCAAUAAUGUGACUUCGCUUCCUGGGAAGGUUGUUGCUUUCUAAACAGGGAACACAGAGCUGUAGGAAACGAACCUGGAUCCACCUUGAUCUCGAUCCAUGGGGCCACAGAUGUUUCAGCUGAUCGCACUCAUAGCUCCAGCAAUGUAAUGGAUGCUUUGGAAAGUAGUUUUGUCUACUCUCGUAUUUCGAUUGUUUAAACUAUUAAUUCACACCAUCUCUGAAGGAAGGCCUUAUGUUAAGUAAACAUCAAAUGUAGAUUUUGCUUUCAACUUCUGUCAAAAUUAAUACAAAUUUCUGAAUAGAGUGGGGCAACAUGACACAGCUUCACAUUGGGAAGACUGCUAAAAUUCUUACCAUGGCAAAAACAUUUAAAUUUUAUACUGAAUUAAAUGAACACGUGACUUUUUGACACUCAAACACCCAGGAUGAAUUUUGGGGUUUCCACUUAUUAUCUACGACAGGUGGUCUAGAGCUGCCUUCAUUUAUAGACUGCGUUUCUGUGAUGUUACAGUAACUAAAAGAGUCAUAUAUUUUAGUGGCAUGCAAUCAGUCAAUUUGGCCAUAAUAAUUGCAUAACCCAAACAACUCAUUGCCCAAUGUAUUUAUUUUUUGGCACCUGUUUGGCAUGGCCUCGAUAUGGCGUUAGCUGGCAGCGCAGUUUUAUUUUCUUCCUAGUCCUGUUGGUGGUGGUGAUUUGUGGAUACCUGCAUUUCUUUGCCCUAUUUCCUUUUCACAAUAACAUGUGUCGUGCUCAUGAAAUAGCAAUCCAAAUCAUUGGGUAAAAUAGAACUUUUUAUCAAUUUUAAAGAAACUCUAAGAUCUUUUUGAAAUGAUAUUUCAAGGUAAAAUUCCUAAAUCAAAGUGGUUAAAAUAAUAAAAGGACUUUAAUUUCAGUGCAAGUACAAGAUUAGAAAUACAAUAUAGAACUGUUUAAGACAACCCAGGGCAUAUGGAUGUUUUUUUAGUUGGACUUAAGGUGUGGGGGUUCAGUUAAUUAGACUUGCCAUUCAAUUAUAAUCAUUGGUCUUUUUACAAAAAGCAUAUUCUUCACAUUUUUCACUUCUUUGGUCUACGUGGAAAGGACUAAAUGAAUGAAAUGUAUUGAAUACCAACAGUAAGCAAGAGUUUUUCCAGUGUAAAAAGGAGUUGGGAGUAAUGAUUAUAUUAUUCUGACUUAGGUGAAGCCCCUGGAAUGAUAAAUAACAUCAGGAACAUGUGAAAACUUUGCAUUUUUAAUAAAUGCCAGCUUUCAGAAAGAGCACGGAUUAUAGUUAUUCAACUAGUUAAAAAAUAAUCUGGUAGAGCAGUCAUAAUUUAAUAUGUGCAUAUCUUGUAUUUAAAGUUAAGUGAAAAUAAUGUAAAAAACAAAACAAAACAAAAAAAACAACCCUUAGUCUUUUUUUUUUAAAGCAAUGUAAAAUAUUUCUGCAAUAGGUCAGAAAGAUCAUCAGAUGUCAUAUUUAUCACCUGGCUUUUUUUUCCCAGCAAUGUAUAAAUUCUACCCUGUAAGUCUCAGGUAAGAAACUGUACCUUUGCACAGGAUAGAACCAAUUUGUAAAACUAUCAAAUUUUUAGGACUGAUUGAAGGCUUUAGGUUUUUUUCUCCCACCCUACUUCCUGAGAAUAAUGCAUAUAAUAUUUUUUCUUCAUGACUUAGAGCUUUAUAAAUGUCAUGUACACAUGUAUGCAUACAUAAAAACUAUUCUUAGCUACAUUUUAAAAUAAAAAUAAAUGAGCACAUGUAUAUUUAUGUGUUACAUUGCCUAUUUAGUGGUGAUAGACUGAAAGCAUUUCUAAAUUUAAUUGGCAAGUAAAGCACUAUAAGACAGGAAGAAAGACUAUCUCCUACACUAGUUUCUAUGUUGUAAUGUAUAUUGAUAUUUAAAAGUUUAUUUGAAAGCAAGAUAUUUGUUUACUAAAAUGUUAUUUACUAAGAGUAAAAAGGUGAAUUGUGCUUUCUUCUAAAGGGAAAUCCUUUUAACUUUACUUCUGUGAAUAUGAAAGAAAAUUGUUAACUUCAUAAUUGCACUUUUUUGAUCCAUAUACCUCUAUAAAUAAAUGAAUGAAGCCAUACCCAAUUCAAAAAGUUCUUAUGGAAUUUAACCUGCUUUAUACAAAACUGUCUAGCCUAAAAAUUAUUAGGUUUUCUGUGUAUCUACAAGAUAUUUUUGUAUAUUCUUGCCUUUUUGUUCCUUACAAAACAUUUUUAAAUUGAAGAAUGAAAUUUUAAUUGUAGGAAUGUAAUUUUUAAAAAUAUUUUUAAUAAAAAUA